CAAAAAUGGGUUGUAUGUAUGUAGUAAAAGCGUUUGUUUACCGCCUGGCUUACCUCUGUGCCUCCUGCUUUUCUAUUCUUCAAAGAAUAUAAGGUUCUUCAAACCUUUGUUUUAUUUUAUUUUUUUCUUUGAAAAAUCGCAUUGGUUUGUAAACAGUAUUAAAAGCACUUGUGGUCAAUUGCACAGUUGUUGCAGUUAAAAGGUUCACGUUUUUAUUUUAUUAUCUCUUGUCCUUGAGGUCAGUGGUAGGAGUCAAGUAAUUUAACAACCGGUUCUCUGCCCUAAUGAUUUCUUCCAACAACCAGUUUGCCAAACUUCUCAGAAAGUUAACAACCGGUUCUCCCGAAAUGGUGCGAACUGGCUGAAUCCCACCAGUGCUUGGGGUCAUAACAAAUACUUACUACAUAGAAUGGUACACCAGUUAUAGAGAUUCAAGGCAAAAUAUUUAGGUGCCUUGUUUGCAGAUCACUGUUUCUAAAACAGAAAGCAGAAUCUACUAUUUUAUCAAACUUGUACUGUGCUGCAAUCUGAUGAUUCUCAGCACUUGGUGGAGUGCAGUAUGACAACAAAACAUGGCUAAUGUGAUUUUUUUUAAAUGACAACAAAGACAGAACAACAGGGAGCAAAAGCAAGAAGAAAAUGUGGUGCAGUACUUGUUAAGAAGCUCUCCAAAACAAUACAUACAAUAUUAGAAGCAAUAACUUAGUGAUACAUAUAAGACAUAUUUACAUGGAAAUAAUUCUAGUGAAUUAAGUUGAGUGUCCUUCCAUUUCUAUUUAAAAUCAGCUUGUAUUGUAUAUUUUGUGAUGCCUCCUGUUAUUACACUUGGGGUAAAAAAAGGGGGGACAGAGUGAAAGAAUUUAAUUAGGACAGUUGUGUCAAUUAUGUUUAACUACAAACCAAAUUACAGUAUUGCAGGCAGAAACUUCAUGGGAAAUAAUAGGUACUGAGUGCAGAAGUCCCUAAAAGAAGAAGAAAUACAUGCAAUCCUAAACAUGUCAAGUAGCAAGAAAAAUUGUCUUUUGAAAGAUCUUUGGGAGGAUUGAGAAUUGUUUAGCAGCACUGAUUGUAAGAACUACUUUUUUAGAUCUGGUCUAGAAAAAUUGCCUUUUUCAUUUUUACACUAUGGCUACUUUGUACAUCAUGGUAAAUGAAGUGUUUCAUUUAAGUGAAGAUGUAUUGAAGCUUCCAACUACCUGUUCUUCAGCCAGGCCUUUGUCUGCGAUCUUCAAUUUUCAGAGUCUUCUGACAGUAAUCUUACUACUUAUAUGUACCUGUGCAUACUUAAGAUCUUUGGCUCCCAGAUUACUGGAUAACAAUAAAACAGGAUUAUUGGGCAUAUUCUGGAAGUGUGCCAGAAUUGGUGAACGGAAGAGCCCUUACGUAGCAGUAUGCUGUAUUGCAAUGGCCUUCAGUAUUCUGUUUGUACAAUAAAAAUGGGAAAAUGUUAAGAACAUACUGCUGUCAAUUUGCAAUCAAAUAAAAGACUUGAAGAAAUAGAAGACAAAAAUACAUUCUACACCUCAAUUUAUUUGUUUGGACAAGAAAAGCUUUUGUGUUUCAGUAUUUUGGGUUAAAGAGCAGUGAUGUUGAAAGAAAUACAGCUAUUAAUCCUUUUGAUUGGAUAACCUUUAUUUAUGUUAAUUCUAUAUUUCAAUAAAGGCUUUUUAAGACUACAA